CAUACUGCUGUUUUUUUUGUACUCUGUUUUACCCUGUUUUUUGGUUCAAAAACAGAGUAUUUUUGCACGUUUCUGUUUAGCCUUCAUUGCUGAAAUUUCUUAGAGCAGUUUCUGUUCUUAGUUCUACCUUUGCCAGCCUUCAUUGCUGGUGGUUUUUGUUUCGAGUGAUCAGCCUUAAUCGCCAAGAGAUCAUUGUUCGUAAAGAAUGUCGGAGGCGGCAAAGACGACCGCUACAGCACAAUCGGAGGAGAUUGUUCGAUCCCAACAACCCGGGGAAUUGCAAAAUAUCCAGGCAGCAUAUAGGCUGAAUAGAAAAAACUACCUCAAAUGGUCUCAACUUGUCCGCACCGUGCUGAAGGGAAAGGGAAAGAUCAGCCAUCGAGAGUGGGGACAAAAAGGAGAGCAGCCAAGGAACAAUUGUCAUGCCCAUGUUGCUGCAGUACAGCAAAAUGAAGCAGCACCACAGGAGUUAGGCAAUCUCAACCAAGAAGAGGUCGAGAUGGUGAGAUCUCUUAUUGGCAAUCUUGAUAAACCUUCAGGUACUUGCUCAUUGGCAUAUUCAGGACGAGGAUUCGGGGAGGAUGAUUGGACAUGCUAGAGAACGGGAUGGGCUCUACUACCUUGAAGCACCGAGUCAGUCAAGCAUUACCAAAGGCAAAUUAUCUCACUCUUUUGUUUCUGAGCAUUUUUCGUCCAAUAAAGAUAAAGUUUGGCUUCACCAUCGCCGACUUGGACAUCCGUCAUUUAGAGUCAUUAAA